AUGGCAUUCUCGGUUCCGUCCAAUCUCCCUGCUCAUCAUGCGGCUACUCUCACCGUCGUCUUGAUGACUGCCGCCGAUGCCAUUUUCAAUAUUCUCAAAUUCCCUCUACCACAAGAGAACCCCGGAACAAAAACCAAAGGUCCUCUAUUCAUCUGGGCCUCAGAAAUCACGGCAGCCCUCAGAGAAACCGGAUACGAAGACAUCACGCAUGGCUUCGAUACCAUCGGCGAUCUGAGCGGCGAAGGUUCAGCUAACACCAUGGCUAAAUAUACUGCGGAAAAUACCGAGCUUGUUUUGGUUGUGAUGCAGCAAAACCAGCGCUUCAAAAUGCCCCUGGCGGUGAUGAAUGCCGACGUCACGCUCCACCCGAGGGGUCUCCCCGAACCAAUUACCAUUCCAGCUCGUCUGGAUGAUCAUCAGAAUGCGUGGCAGGUGUUACAAUGGGCGGUUCAAAAUUGCGGUGCUAAAUUCCGUAUGCCGGCAGUUGAAGUUUUCGUGGGAACAGCAGAGGAGUCACUUGAAGAGCUGACGAAGUUGGAUGAUCACAAAAGAGGGUUUGGAAAGCUAGUUCUGCAACAUCCCCUUGCAUAG